AUAUUAUGGACACAUUUGUUCCUAUCACAUUUACUUUGCGGUUCAGUAUGAAUUUUCAAUAGAUGACUCUGCGAUAAGAAAGCAGCAAUUCAGAUGCAAUUAUAUAAACAGUAAGAUCAGCCUGGAAUUAGCCUGGAGAGUAUAAAGCGCACGCACAGCUUGUGCUGGGUCACUGCCUCUCCCAGCUCAAGGCAGAAUCAGGUUCCUGUAAUAGGGAAGAAUUCAGCUGACAAGAGCAUGAAUCCCUUCUUUGUGAUGUCUCUCCUCUUUGGCCUGACUUUUGGUCAAACAGCAUCACUUUGUGCUCCUUCAGAGUACACAAUCCACGUGGAGAAAAGGGAAUGUGCCUACUGCCUGGCCAUCAACACCACCAUCUGCGCUGGAUUUUGCAUGACUCGGGACAGCAAUGGCAAGAAGCUGCUACUCAAAAGUGCUCUGUCCCAAAACGUGUGCACAUACAAAGAGAUGUUGUAUCAAACAGCACUGAUUCCGGGCUGUCCUCAUCACACCAUCCCUUACUAUUCCUACCCUGUGGCCAUAAGCUGCAAGUGUGGUCAACCAUCCCCUUCUGAGUUUCAAAGUGAUCUGAGCGCCAUCAUAUUUGCUGAACAUGCACAGGUGAGAACUCUGACGAUUCAGUGGCAAGUUUUGAUUGUACUAGACCAACCACUGGGAAUGAGAGCUAGUUUCCCCCUGGUUCAACUGAUCCCAACACAAAGUAGAACAUACAGAAUUCAGUGGUAACUUUGCCCCUCACCUCUAUUACCUACAACAGGAGUGAUGAGAACACAGUU